GAGAGGGAGACUUCAAAAGUGGGAACCCACAAAGAGUGAGUUCUUUCUCUGCCCUAUCUAUCGAGGCUUCCGAGUCUAAUUUCAAUUCCCUUCUCCAUCCGACCCUUUCAUAGUUCUUCCAAAUUUACCCCAAAUUUCUCAAGCUUUCUGUUUACAGAAACGUAUGUAAACGGACCCUCAAUCUCCUCCUUCCUCGCUGCUCCCCGAUUUUCGAACCCUAUACCACCUCAUCAUUCUCAUGGAUUCCCUCCGUUCUACUUACAAAGACGAAGACGAUGAAGAAGAUGAGUCCGUUCGCCCUUCUGAGAUCGACCCUCCUGAGCUUGCUGAUCCACCAAUGGAUGCCAAUGUCAGCGGCUCCUCAACUGACCCCCAGGACGGUACCAGACAAGACCCACCUGAUGCCUCUGAAGAAAUCUCCGAAGAGGAACCCGCCUCUGAUGACACCGAGAAAUCAGCUAAAUUGGCGAAGUCACCUGGGAAUGACGACGAUGAUGAAGACCCACCUUUGAAGAAGCAGAAGCAAUUAUCUUCGCUUAACCAACCGGUGGAGGAGGACAAAUCGCCUUUACCCGGAUCCGAUUCUGCUAAAAACGAUGGUUCCGCCGGUGGCAAUGCUGCUCCGGUGGCCACGGCUUUGAAUCCGAAGAAAUCGAAGAAGAAGAACAAUAAUGUUUGGGUUACGAAGUCGACCCGGAAAGGGAAAAAGAAGAACAAAGCUAAUAACAAUAACAAUGCUCCAACUGAGGACCCUGUGUUGAUCACUCCAGUUCCGAGGUUCCCUGAUAAAGGGGAUGACAAUAACGAUAUGCAAAUAUGUUUGUCAAAGGUUUACAAAGCGGAGAAAGUUGAAUUGAGUGAUGAUAGAAUGAGUGCUGGUAGUACAAAAGGGUACAGAAUGGUGAGAGCCACUAGAGGGGUGGAGGAAGGGGCGUGGUAUUUUGAAAUCAAGGUGGUGAGCUUGGGGGAGACCGGGCAUACUCGACUUGGAUGGUCGACGGAUAAAGGGGACUUGCAGGCUCCGGUCGGGUACGACGGUAACAGUUUUGGGUAUAGAGAUAUUGAUGGAAGUAAAGUGCAUAAGGCUUUAAGAGAGAAAUAUGGAGAGGAGGGAUAUAAGGAAGGUGAUGUUAUCGGUUUCUAUAUCAAUUUGCCUGAUGGGGCUCUGUAUGCGCCCAAGCCACCUCAUUUUGUUUGGUAUAAGGGACAGAGGUAUAUUUGUGCUCCUGAAGGGAAAGAGGAGCCGCCUAAAGUAGUUCCUGGAAGCGAAAUUUCUUUCUUCAAAAACGGAGUAUGCCAAGGGGUUGCUUUUACGGAUCUAAAUGGAGGCCGCUAUUAUCCUGCAGCCUCCAUGUACACUCUCCCUAAUCAACCAAAUUGUGUUGUCAAGUUCAACUUUGGCCCCGAUUUUGAAUGCUUUCCAGAGGACUUACAAGGUCGUCCUUUGCCACAACCCAUGAUCGAAGUACCUUACCACGGAUUCGACAACCAAGUUGAAAACGGAGUUUCAAGUGAGAAAAACACAGUAGUCACGAAGUAGUACCAUUUUUUCAACCACACCAACCACUUUUUGAACUACAUGACUUGAUUAUAUUAUAUUUUUUUUUCAAAUGUAUUGUUAGUUCAUGGGCAUUAGGACUGAUAGAUGGAAGAUGAGCGGUGUAAAUUUUUCUAGUUACCAUCAGGUGAAGAGAGCAAUUUCUUUGAGAGAUGUGUAGAGAUAGACAGUGCAUAACCCCAACAUUAUUUAUAUAAUUUGCUUCUUUUUCCAGCCUUCAA